UGCUUCUUCGGGCGAAGUUUGUUGCGUAAUUAAUGCAUCCAAAAAAUCAUAUAAAUACUAAAAAUUAAGUAACGUUAAUAUUAAUACUUAAUUUUUAAUUUCGAUGCAUUUUAUAAAAUUCUUUAUGAAAGUUCUUUCUUUUGAACCCCCCCCAUUAGCUUGCGAUUGUUACAGUCCUGUACUUAAAUGUUGUUGGUCAACUUAACCUUCGCGUUAAGCUUUCUUGUCACGGUUUUAUUAUUACUGUUUUAAUACGAAUACGACAAUCGUAUAACUUGUGAACAAAAGUAUUUUUGUUUAAAAUAUUUACCAUUUAUAAAAAUGGUAAACUGUAAGAUAAAUCAAAUAUUUCUUGGUGAAAUUGCGUCUAUACAAAAUUAUGGAGCUUUCGUUAGAAUUCCCGGCUGUUCGGCACAGGGAUUAAUUCAUAAAUCACAGGUAAGCUCCGCUCAUGUUGACAAUGUUGCAGAGAUUUUGCAAAGAGGGGAACGAGUGUGGUGCAAAGUUAUUUCUGUAGGAGAUGAUGGUAAAAUAGGAUUAUCUAUGAAAUAUGUAAAUCAAGGGAACGGUACAGACUUGGAUCCUAAUGGUGUAGAUUUACAAAGAGAUAUGCAAAAGAAAAAAACUAUAGGAAAAUACGAACGUAAAGUUAUACAUCUAGAAGCAGUUCUUAAUACUACAUGCACAAAAUGUGGAACGGCUGGUCAUUUAUCCAAUGAUUGCUUUAUGUCCCCCGAUGGGAAAAAAUAUGAAUUGAUCCCAGAGGUUGAAGAGGAGGUUGUUCAGCCACAAGUCCCACAAGUCCCGCAAACUCCACAAGUUGAAACAAGCGAGAAGGAAAAGAAACGUAAGCAGAAGAAGGCAAAGAAAAAACAGAAAGCUAAAAAACACAAGCAAGAUACAGAUGAUAUUGAUUCUGAUGAAAAGGAAGUAGUUAAGAAAAAGAAGAAAAAACAUUCCAAAGAUCAAAAAAAGAAAAAGAAGAAAUAUGAUAGUUCUUCUAACGAAGAAAGUUCUAAUGAAAGUACUUCUAGUCAUGAUGUAAAAACUCAUAAACGAAGGCGUUCAGAAAGUUUAGAGAAACGUACAAAAAAAUGUAAACAUUCAAAAAGUAAAUAUCCUGAUCGAUGAAAAAUAGUACAAUUUUGACAGAAUUCAAAGCUAUUUCUUAUAUUACUUUUAUAAUUCCUUAAAUCACAAGUACUAUUUCUAGUAGAUGAUGCGUGACAGGUGCAUUUACAGUACAUGUAAUAUUGUAAUAAUAAAAACCAUACUUACCGGUGUUAAAUACUUAUAAGUUAAGUGCACAUUUUCAGCUAGAACAUCAGCAGCUAAGUCAUAAUAUUGAUAUUUACAAUAUAAUAGCAAUAAAUUAGCAAAUGUUUCAGGCGGAAAUGGAUUUUGUUGCAAUAAAAAUUGAAGUUUUUCAAAUCCUUCGCUUGGUUUUGUGUCCAUAUUUAUUAAGGCUUGAUUGUGCAAAGUAACUGCAUCGAGUUCUUCUUCGGAUCUAGGAGGCAUAUCUGUUAAUGCUUCUUUAGCUGCUUCGUCUAAAAACACCAAAUAAGAAUCAUAAAAAAUAUUAGACGCAAUAAAUAAUUAGAAUUUUCUACACAUAAUUACAAUUUUGUAAUUGAUAUUCAAUUGCUGCUUUCAAGUUGAAUGCCUCUGUUAAAGCUGUCUCGUGAAGUGUUAAUGUAUU